GUGCACUCUCCUCUCCGGCUCUCCCGCUUCUUCCCACCCCCGCGUGCAGCCACGCACACCUCACCGCGCCCCUACCCCGCCAUGCGUUCUGCUUCUACCGUUACCGCCCGCGGCAGCCGGAGCUGACUUGCUAGCUACCUAGAAGAAGGCAGCCCCCCGUGAGGACACGUCGCGCAUUUGAGUUUUGCCGAUGGCGUGCCUCGCGCCGCAGUUCAAGUGGCCCCCUUCCACCCGCGCGGCGUCGCCGGCGUUCCGGGAGCACACCGCCGGCGGUGGCGGAAGCGGUGGAUUCCGUGCCGUUAGACUCUACUGUGCGGUGUCCACCACGACGUUGGUGGAGGCCGAGAUCUCGGAGUCCUUGGCCGCCGGAGCCGUCGCGCUGCCGCCUCAUCCUAGCUCGGCUCUUCCGGGAGGUUUCGGUGAGGCGAUUCUCAACCAAGACGCCGUGGUGGCGGCUGCAGCGGCGGAGGCCGUCGCUCUGGCAAGGGCGGCAGCGGAGGUCGCCGGAGAGGUCGCCCGAAUGGCGCAAACCGACCAACGGCACCGGCCGGACUUCGUCACUACGUGCGACACGGAGGACAACUACUUGGCCAGAGAGAUCCUCCGCGCCGAGGUGGGGUCGAGGGCGAGGUACGCGGAGGAUGCGGGGUUCUCCAGUAUCUUCAGCGAUGAAUCCGAGAUAGAUGACGAUGAGCAGUGCAUCCAGGGAGUGGCCGUCAAAUCGGUGCGCCAGUCCGAGAGAAGAGCUCGGAGGGUGAGGGCGGCGAUGAAGUCGGCUAAAUCGUUCAGCUGCCGGAAUUCCGUCGCGGCCUCCUCGAGGAAGAAGAGGUUGAAAGGUUGCCGGAGUCCUCUGGGCUGCUUCUAUAAGAUGACCGGCCGGAGGCUCCUGACAGCAAAGCAAGAAGUUGAGUUCUCACAAGGCAUUCAGGAUCUUCUGAAGCUGGAAGCUAUACAAAAGGAGCUUGCCCACUACAGCAGCGGUGAACCAACCUUCUCCCAAUGGGCAGAGGCAGCUGGAACUGACGAGAAUGCUUUGCGAAAACGUCUGAACUAUGGAAUUUACUGCAAGAACACGAUGGUAAAGUCUAAUGUGAGACUUGUAAUCUCAAUUGCUAGAGAGUUUGAAGGCCCUGGAAUGGAGUUUUCUGAUCUUAUUCAGGAAGGAAUACAGGGCCUUGUACGAGGCGCUGAGAAGUUUGAUGCUUCAAAGGGUUUUCGAUUCUCCACAUACUCCCACUGGUGGAUCAAACAAGCCAUACGCAAAUCUGUCUUAGAGCAAACCCAAAUAAUCCGUUUGCCAGCACAUAUGGCUGAAGCAAGUUCCCGUGUGAAGGAAUGCCAACGGCGGCUCCGCCGGCAGCUGAAGAGGCUACCCACCAACGAAGAAAUCGCAUCCGACACCGGGCUGCCACUCAGACGCGUCGAGGCGGCGAUGAGCCUCCCAAAGUACAGCGUUUCCCUCACCGGCAAAGUCGGGUGCACGGACAUGACAUAUCAGGAGAUCACGCCGGACACGAGCGCGGAGACGGCGGAGCAGAUGCUGCACCGGUGGCUGAUGAAGAAAGACGUGGACAUGGCGCUGGACGGGCUGAGCCCGCGGGAGAGGCAGGUGAUCAGGUACAGGUUCGGGAUGGACGACGGCCGGCUGCGGACCCUGCAUGACACCGGGAAGCUGAUGGGGGUGAGCAGGGAGAGGAUCCGGCAGAUCGAACUGGGCGCGUUCCGGAAGCUCAGGGGCAGGAAGACGGUGCAGUCGCUGCAGCAUUAUCUGCAGCCAGUCGAGAGCUGGUAGACACUCGUGUUGGUGUAGUUGCACACAUACCACGUUGCCAACUUGUUUUUUGAGAGGGUUAUUAACCUGUAUGAGUAACUGUUAAUCCUCCAGUGUGAGUAUAUAAAUCACGUGUAUAGAAAGGGGAAAAUAAUCUAUUGAGUGCAUGCAAUGAUUUUAUCACCUACGCGGUUGAGAUCAUACUUAUUCACG